GGGACAUAUGGCUGCAGAAUCUUUGUCUCUGAAAUAGUUUUUUUAAGUUGCAAGCCACUGUAGUCCGAGAGACAAGGGAUUAGAUAUGACAGGGGAAGACUUAAGAACAUAAGAAUAGCCCUGCUGGAUCAGGCCCAAGACCCAUCUAGUCCAGCAUCCUGUUUCUCACAGUGGCCCACCAGAUGGUGCUGGAAGCCACAGGCAGGAGUUGAGGGCAUGUCCUCUCUCCUGCUGUUACUCCCCUGCAACUUGAACUUGGGUUUCACCACCUCUACCGACUUUAUGCAGUUCUGAACAAGCCACUGUUUCUCAGCCCUCAGUUUCAUCCAUCUGUGAAAUGGGCACAGUAGUGUUUGCCUCACAGGGGCUGUCUGGUUAGGGAAAAAUGCCACAUUUCCUCUGUCUCCCAUUUCCUUCUUUUCUCAAGCGGAUGCCGUAGUGAUGUGUACCUCACAGAGUAGUUGUUAGGAAACAGAAGCCAGCAGCCAUUCUUUGCUGUCUUUCAAAUGGACAUGGUGGUAUCUACCUUGCAGGGAUGUUGUUAGAGCGAAGAAUGUGCAAAUAAUAAGACUGCAAGUGUGCAUUAGAAAGGAGGCGGCGCCUAGAAGGGAGGCUUGCCUCUCGGUAUCUUUUUGUUGGGCUUGUUCGUUUGCUUAUUUCCCUUGUGCUCUUCCCUAUAGGGUGGCCCCAUAGGGCACAUGAGUCUGCUCCGAACACCUCAGCGCCACGGAGAGGGGCCUUGCUGGCUUGUUUAUCCGUCCUCCUGGCAGUGCCAGGCCUGUGCUGUUGCCCAUGGCAACUGGGCCUGGCUUUGAGUGUCAAGCCUGCCUCUUGGCAGCCGAGGCCUGGCUUUAUCCAUUAACAUGCAAAUCUGACAGUCACCUGUCUUGUGCCCUUCUGGGGAUUAAAAAUGAAACGUGUUGAAUGUGUGGUUUGUCACACAUCUGUUAAAAGCAAAGGAGCCUUUUCCGCAUGGCAAGAGAGCGGCAUUCAUGAAUUGUUCCCUUUGCUAAGCAGGGUCUGCCCUGGUUUGCAUUUGAAUGGGAGACUUCAUGUGUCAGCACUGCAAGGGCAGCAAAGAACGCUACCAUUGGCAGGCGCAGAAUGUCAAACAGAGCGGCGUGGACGACAUGGUUCUCCUCUCCAAGAUCAAUGAGGAUGCCAUCGUGGAGAACCUCCGGAAACGUUUCAUGGAUGACUACAUCUUUACAUACAUCGGUCCCGUGCUGAUUUCCAUCAACCCCUUCAAGCAAUUGCCUUACUUCACCGACCGUGAAAUUGACAUGUACCAGGGAGCGGCUCAGUAUGAAAACCCUCCACAUAUCUAUGCACUCGCUGAUAACAUGUACCGGAACAUGUUGAUUGACGGAGAGAACCAGUGUGUCAUUAUAAGCGGAGAAAGCGGAGCUGGUAAGACGGUGGCGGCCAAGUACAUCAUGAGCUAUGUCUCCAAGGUAUCUGGCGGAGGCCCCAAAGUGCAGCAUGUGAAGGAUAUCAUCCUGAAGUCCAACCCGCUCCUGGAGGCCUUUGGGAAUGCCAAGACAGUUCGCAACAACAACUCCAGCCGAUUUGGCAAAUAUUUUGAGAUUCAAUUCAGCCGAGGCGGGGAACCCGACGGAGGCAAGAUCUCCAACUUCCUGCUGGAGAAAUCUCGUGUCGUGAGUCAGAACCCUGGAGAGAGGAGUUUCCAUAUCUACUACCAGCUCCUGGAAGGUGCCAGCAAAGAGCAACGGGAAAACUUGGGCAUCACCACGCCGGAUUAUUACUACUACCUCAACCAAUCAGCGGCCUAUAAGGUGGACGACAUGGACGACCAUCAGGAGUUCCAGGAGACUUUGACAGCCAUGGGUGUGGUGGGCCUCUCAGGUGAAGAGCAGGCCCUGGUGCUGCAGAUAGUCGCCGGGAUCCUCCAUUUAGGCAACAUCGCUUUCCGAGAGUCGGGCAACUACGCGGUGGUGGAGAGCGAGGACUUCCUAGCUUUCCCCUCCUACCUCCUGGCCAUUGACCAGCAACGCCUCCGGGAGAAGUUGACCAGCCGGAAGAUGGACAGCAAGUGGGGCGGGAAGCAGGAGGUCAUUGACGUGACGCUGAACGUGGAGCAGGCCAACUUCUCACGAGACGCUCUCUCCAAGGCCCUCUACACUCGACUCUUUGACUUUCUGGUGGAGGCCGUCAACAAGGCAAUGGAGAAGGACCACCAAGAAUAUAGCAUUGGUGUUCUGGAUAUCUACGGCUUUGAGAUCUUCCAGAAAAAUGGUUUUGAACAGUUCUGCAUCAACUUUGUGAAUGAGAAGUUGCAGCAGAUUUUCAUUGAGCUGACUCUGAAGGCUGAGCAGGAGGAAUAUGUCCAGGAGGGCAUUCGCUGGAAUCCCAUUGACUACUUCAAUAACAAGGUGGUGUGUGACCUCAUAGAGAACAAAGUGAAUCCUCCAGGGCUCAUGAGCAUCCUGGACGAUGUGUGCGCCACCAUGCACGCCAAGGGUGAAGGUGCAGACCACACCCUGCUGCAGAAGCUCCAGACGGCGCUUGGCACCCACCCCCACUUCAACAGCUGGAACAAAGGCUUUGUCAUCCAUCACUAUGCAGGCAAGGUUUCCUACGAUGUGGAGGGUUUCUGUGAGCGCAACCGGGACGUUCUCUUUACGGAUCUCAUCGAGCUGAUGCAGAGCAGUGAGCUCCCCUUCAUCCGAGACCUCUUUCCCGAAAGCCUCAAUGCGGAGAAGAAGGGGCGUCCCACCACUGCCGGCACCAAGAUCAAGAAACACGCCAACAACCUGGUGGACACGCUGAUGAAAUGCACACCCCACUACAUCCGCUGCAUCAAGCCGAACGAGACCAAGCGGCCCCGUGACUGGGAGGAGAGCAGGGUGAAGCACCAAGUCGAAUAUCUGGGCCUGCGGGAGAAUAUCCGGGUGCGCCGAGCUGGCUACGCUUAUCGACGGGUUUUCCAGAAAUUUCUCCAGAGAUACGCCAUUCUGACCCCUGAGACAUGGCCCUCCUGGCGUGGGGAUGAGAAGCAGGGUGUGGUGCACCUGAUGAAGUCCGUCAACAUGGACGCUGACCAGUAUCAGCUGGGGCGGACCAAGGUUUUCAUCAAAGCUCCCGAAUCGCUUUUCCUUCUGGAGGAGAUGCGGGAGCGCCGUUAUGACAACUACGCCCGCGUCAUUCAAAAGGCUUGGCGCAAGCACGUGGCUGUGCGCAAAUACAUCCGGAUGAGGGAAGAAGCAUCCAACGUCGUCCUGAACAAGAAGGAGCGUCGUCGGAACAGCAUCAACCGCAACUUUGUGGGCGACUACAUCGGCCUGGAGAACCACCCCGAGCUGCGCCGGUUUGUGGGCCGGCGAGAGCGCGUUGACUUUGCCGACACCAUCACGAAGUACGACCGGCGGUUCAAGACGGUGAAACGGGACCUGAUUCUCACCCCCAAAUUCCUCUACUUGAUUGGCCGCGAGAAGGUGAAGCAAGGACCAGAUAAAGGGACCAUCAAGGAAGUCCUGAAACGGCAGAUCGAAGUGGAAAGGAUCCAGUCGGUCUCCCUGAGCACCCUUCAGGAUGACUUCAUCAUUGUUCACGAGCCGCAGUACGACAGUGUCCUGGAGUCUGUCUUCAAGACAGAGCUGCUGAGCUUACUGUGCAAGCGCUACGAAGAGAGGACCCAGAAGCAGCUGAUGACCAAGUUCAGCAACCAGCUGGAGUUCAAGGUGAAGAAGGAUGGCUGGGGGCCCUGGGGGGCCGCCGGGUCCCGCCAGAUCCAGUUCCAGAUCUGCCAGGGAGACUUAACUCUGCUCCGCAACAAUGGGAAAGUUCUAGUGGUCAGCAUUGGGCCCGGCUUGCCCCGAAAUGCCCGACCAACCCGGAAGGAUAACAGGAAGAGCCGGUGCCUGGGUGGAAGCUCCGCUCCGGGCUGGAACACCCCAACUUCUGCAGGUCCGAAGUGGAACAGCCGCGGUGGUGGGGGCCCUGGGCCGAGGCCCUCCUACCAGAACCGCCUCUCCAUGACCAGGCAGGUCAGCAUGGAGCAACCCAGCCUGCCCCGGCAAGGGGCCAGCACCCGAGCGAAAGCCCUCCCUGCUCAGCUCAACCUGGACUUCAUGAAUGUACCGGACCAGGGCGUGGCCGGCCUGCAGCGGCGCCUCUCCAAGGAGGCCAAGCCUAUCCCAGGAGGAGGCCGAGCCAAGCCCAAGCCCAAGCCCAAGCCUCAGCCCCGCUUCCCGCAGUGCCGGGCGCUGUAUGCUUACGACGCGCAGGACACGGACGAGCUCAGCUUCAAUGCUGACGAUUUCAUCGAAAUCAUCAAGGAAGAUCCUUCGGGUUGGUGGCAGGGCCGUAUCCGUGGCAAAGAAGGCGUGUUCCCAGGGAACUACGUGGAAAAAAUGUGAGAUGGGGGAAGGAUUCCGAUUCAUUCCUGGCUGCUAUGAGGGACAUACAGAUGCUGCUCACCAGCUAAUCUGGGCUUUGUUGCAACUCACGUGCGGGUAGGAAUGGACAGCAGGUUACCCCAGGAGGAAACUGGUGGCUCGUGAAAGAACCCAAUAGGAGCCGUCUUCCAAGAUUGGCCACCAGCUGGAGUUUCUUUGCAGCCUGCGUCGACAGGAAGACGACUUCCAAUUCAUCCAGACGGGUUAGCAAACACCUUUAAAGUCCCGCAGAAGCAACCUGGAUGGAAAAUCCACUUUUCCUUCAAUUUUGCAAGGACAAAUAUGUUCAUUUUGUAUGUUAAGAGCUGCCCUGGUGCCUUAAAAGCUGUGCAGGUGAAUGUCGGCCUCUCAGAACUUUGUGUCGAGUGUGGGAGGAGAACCUUGGGUUUUGCUUCCCCCCAGCAAAAAUCAGAAACAGGGGCCACCCAGGACACCGGAAUGGAAAGUGCAUCUGUGGAAAGCACUCGAGGGGUAGAAGGAUUGUGGGUCUGGUAAGAGUUUAAGAAGCUUCCAACUUGGGUCAGCAAAAUAUCUCAGACAUUUUUGCCUUGGUUGUACAGGGUAGUAAUUCUGCAAUUGCAGGGAGAAAUCAUCAUCGUGUGAGCUCCUUGCAGAAUCAAGCUAAAGGGCUGGAAGUCUAGAAAUCUGGUCCUUCGAGUUUGGGGAGGGGGGAAAUCAACACGCACAUAUGGUAGUGGAAUAAGUUACUUACUGCAGGACCCCUUUCUGUCAAGAGAACUUCUGUUGCUACAAUCCUGUUUAAUUUUUAAAGAAAUCUCACUGUGUUUGACCCCCCCAAAAAAGAGGAUUAGUUGGUAUGCUGGAGGAUUGUUUUAAGGAAGGAAAGGAAUAAAUGCCUCUGCAUACAUCUGGCAGAAAAUAAACCUGCAAGUGUC